GCCCUGCCAGAUUUCUCUGGAACUGCAAAGCAAUGUAUAAAUAUGGCUUGAGAAAUCUGAGUCACGAUGGUGGCUUAUCUUCAGGCUUGUCUCUCUGUCAAGGGAGUGCAUCCUCAAGCUCCGAGGCAACAGAGAGGGCAGAUCACGUGCAUGGAGUCGUCUUGGAUGCUGCAAGAGAGCACAAGCGAGGAAAGGGAAGGUGCCAAGACAUUCCAGGAAAACCAAAAACUUUUUUAAAGGGGGACUUUAAAAGGAAUCGCACCCCUUACGUUCCUAGAUCCCCAGCAGAAUUGGCUCUUUCAGCCCAGCCCCACCCAGCUGACCCGGGUCGAGCCUCAGGCUGUGAACCAACUUCCGGUGGCCCAGGGACUGGCACAAGCGAGGGCUUCGGUGUCCUGACCGUAUAUAUCCUGCUGGCAGGAGAGGGCCGCCAACCACCUUGUCAGCACCAGCCGAGCUUGCAGCAGCCAUGGAGAUCUCGGCCAUCACUCGGAUGGAUUUUGCGGGACCCUUCAGCAUUCUGCUGGCCAUGGCUGCGUCAUGCCUCCUCUUUCUCCGCUUCACAGCCAAGAAGAGGAUCACUGGCCUCCCACCAGGCCCCCCCACUCUCCCCUUCAUCGGCAACAUGCUCCAGGUGGACGUGAAGGAUCUGAUCCCCUCCCUCAGAGAACUCAGCAAGACCUACGGCCCCAUGUACACCUUCUAUCUGGGCUCUCGCCCCUGCGUGGUCCUUUCGGGGUACCAAGUGCUAAAGGAGGCGCUGAUUGACAAAGCCGAGGAGUUCAGUGGCCGUGGGGACUUCCCGGCAGUCCAGAUGUGGAGCAAAGGAAACGGGAUCGUGUACGGGACGGGGGAGCGCUGGAGGCAGCUGCGCAGGUUUGCCAUCUCGACCCUGAAGAAUUUUGGGAUGGGGAAGCGGUCCAUGGAGCAGCGGAUCAAGGAGGAGGCCCAGUUCCUGGUGGCCGAGUUCCGCAAAACCCAAGGCCAACCCUUUGACCCCACCUUCCUCCUGAGCUGCUCUGGCUCCAACAUCAUCUGCUCCCUCGUCUUUGGAGAACGGUUUGAAUACACAGACCAGACCUUCCUCACCUUGCUCCACCUGAUCAACAGCAACUGGAAGCUCAUGAGCUCCACCUGGGGACAGCUGCUUUUCGUCUUCCCAAACAUCAUGAGGUGGGUCCCAGGACCCCACCAGAGAAUCUACGCUAAUUACCUGAAGCUGGCAAAGUUUGUGGGUGAGCGGUUGGAGAUGAACAGGCAGACCCUGGACCCCAACUCCCCGCGGGAUUUUAUUGACUGUUUCCUCAUCAAAAUCCAGCAGGAAAAGAACAAUCCCAAUUCUCACUUCAACGAGGACACGAUGUCGAAGAGCACCGUCAAUCUCUUCUUUGCCGGUACCGAAACGGUCAGCUCCACCCUGCGCUACGGGCUGCGCAUCCUCCUGAGGCACCCCGAGGUGGAAGAGAAGCUGCAUGAAGAGAUCGACCGGGUCAUCGGGGGCAACCGUGGCCCCUGCAUGGACGACCGGAGCCAGAUGCCCUACACGGACGCGGUCAUUCAUGAGAUCCAGCGCUACGCCGACAUCGUCCCGAUGGGGGUGCCCCACACAGUCACAAAGGACACCCAGUUCCGGGGAUAUCAUCUCCCCAAGGGCCUCAACAUCAUCCCCUUACUCUGCACGUCCCAGUUUGACCCCACGCAAUUCAAGAACCCCAAGGCCUUCGACCCCACCCACUUCCUGGACGAGGCCGGGCAGUUCAGGAAGAGGGAGGCCUUCAUGGCUUUCUCAGCAGGCAAGCGGGUAUGCCUGGGCGAAGGCCUGGCCAACAUGGAGCUCUUCCUCUUCCUCACCACCAUCUUGCAGAAUUUCCGGCUGAAAGCCCUGGUGGACCCCAUGGACAUCGACAUCACCCCCGAGUCCACCGGCCUGGGCAGCAUCCCUCGGCCUUACCGGUUCUGCCUCCUCCCCCGAUGAAGGGCUGCUCUGGGUUGCUCACCUUGCAGUCCAGAUGCCCAUGCCCCCAUUCAGGUGGACCCCCCCAACCCCUCCCUUGUGACGCUGUCUCGUUUUCCUCUGGCCCCAGUGUUCCCAGCCUUCCCAGUCCCCGCCUGCCUGCCUGCCCCUUCCCGGUGGGGCUUCCUCUGGAGACGCUUGCCUUGGUGCCAGGGGAUGCCCAGGCAUUCUCUCGGGCUCUGGGCUGCGCCUGGCACCCACCAGACCUUGUCUAGUGCCGGAGAGGAGGGCCUCGGCACAUGAGCCUCAGGGGCGCGACCCCUCUGCCCUGGGUGCUUCGAAGGGUCUUGGCAAGGCUGAGGAGGUCUGCAUUAGGAAGCGCUGGCUCUGGUUUCUUUACCCAAAGCCCCCUCACUUCAUGCCACAUUUUCCAGGGGAGGGAAACUUGCAGAGGGAGUGCCAGGGGUGGUGAUGCUGAGUGAGCAGGCUGGUUGCCCAACUGGCAGAGGGAGAAUCCACUUUGAGGGCGUGGCUUUCAGAAAGAGGACUGGGGGGGGGAGAAGCACAUCCAGGUGCCCCAUAGGCUAAUCUGCACAGCAUCUGAGCGGGUUGCUGCUCCUCACAGCCACCAAAGGAAAGCUGAUGGUUUUCAAAGGGAUCCCCUCUGCCCCCCCUCCUCCGGUUGGAUGGGUUUCUAUCAUGCUGCUACUCCGGGGUGUGCCAUUCCUGCCUUCCCGGACCCCAAAUCUUGCUGGCUGGAAGUCAUGAGAGCCUGGAGAAAGGGAGGCUUUGGUCACACCGGUGAUUGAAUAGUUUGUGUGCAAAUCCCACGCAGAUUCCCAUCCCUGGUCCCGAAUGCAGAAGGGGGUCUACUCUUGCUUGCUUGCUUGGCAUUUUAUUCAGAAUAUUUGUAUCCCACAUUCCAAUCCCGAAGACCCUCAAAACAGAUUAUAAACAAUUCUGAAAUAUAAAAGCUUGCUGAAAUUGAUUAGUAGAGCAGAAGAACCUCUACAAAAGCAGGAUUAUUCCAGGCCCCUGGACUGUGAAACACCUGUCAGUGUUUUAACAUAAAAAUCUGGCAAUGUCCCUUCGGUGAUUUGGAAGUAAACUUUGAAAACACUGGGUACUGUGCAAUUCAACUUUUGCAUAAUAAUGUUACUUAUUUCUUUUUGUCCAUCUGCGAAAUUAUCACAUUUCAGCCCCACCCACAGG